AUGGCCCCGAAGAACUUUAUGACUGCCAAGGAAAAGGACUAUGUCGCCGAGUGUCUGAGGAGAAACAUGCGGUAUUUCCGGUCUGAUAUCGACUAUGCAUCCCUCCUUGAUCCCCGCCAAGGGAAGAUUGAGAUGAGGUGUGAUGAUGGGGAGCCGAGGAGGAGUAUCAACUUGGUAUUUGGCAAGGAGAGCAGGAAGUCUGCGAGAAGGCCAAGGCCGUUUUGUGGUGCGGACGUGCAGAGCACCAAGGAGCCCCUCCGAAGCAUGUUUCUUGUAGACGAAUUGAUUGACUUGUACACGGUUAGAAGGUACUGCAAGCUUUCCGACGAAGACCUGAAGGAAAAUAUCGGGCUCCUCAGAUCCAGGCUUCUCUCUGGCUUCGAUAUGUAUAUCUCCACCACAAAGUUCCUUAGGUUUCUCGGCGAGUACCUUCCCUUUGUAGAAGAAGAUGAGAGGAAGGAAAUCAUGGCUCUGCUUCAGAAGACAUUCCAUCUAGUCAAGGAUGUGGACGAGUUCUACAGCUCCAUUGGGGCUUUGAUAAGUGCCAUGCCGGAGACUUCCGAAGCAGAACUGGAGGCUGGAUUUGUAUCUACAUUCCUCUUUUUUCCAAGCGGGGUGAUUCUGGCGACCUCUUUGCUUAUACGGAACGAAGGCUUGUGCGAUGUGUUCUACAGGACCGUUCUCGCCGAGCCGAGCUGGCCGUUUACGAGGGGCAGAUACGGAUGGCAACUCCUCUCUGUCAUGAUCUCGAUGGUGGAUGAGGAGAAGCAGAAGUCCAUUGUGAAGAGAGCAAAGCCCUACCUAUUGGAGAUUGCCAGGAGUCCUAGUAAAGGCGAAAUAGAUAGUGCCAGAGUGUUCCUAGACACAAUAGGGGUCAGGAUGGAAGACCUUAUAGGGAGGAGCGGAUAG